AUGACUCAUUUUUCUGUUUUACAGUCCACUUUUAAGGAAAAAGCUGGAGAUGAUGUCGAGAGGUUAGAUGCAGAGACCAUUUCUAAAUUAUGGACAGAUUCUGCUGGGGGUCGUAGUCAUGGCCGGGUUUAUGGAACAACGGAUUUAGCUAUCAAUCUGAAGCAUGGAUCGAUAUCCUUUAUCCAACAACCUCAAAAUUCUCGCGGAUCUAUGUUUGGGACAUCCUUUGAAUCAGAGAGAGCAUCUAGAAUUAGAGCUGAACAAUUGGCUGCAGCUACAUCAGCUCGACUCGAAGAGGCUACCAAAGCUAUUCAGGCGUCAAAUGAGAUUGCUCGGAAGGCAACCGAACAAUAUCAAGUGUCUAACGAGUUUGCUAAGAAGAUGGAGUAUGAACUGAAUGUUUUGAAGGCAUUUAUCAUGCAGAAGCUUGACCCUACAAAUGGUCAAUCUGCUAGAGUUGUCAUUCGAUCGUCAAAUCCUCACUAUGAUGAUGAUUUAGAUGACCAAUCAUUAAGUGAAGAUUGA